UGGAAUCUUGAGGUGUUUUGUUUCGGUGUGUGUCGUGGCCCCAGUGGAAAAGUACACAUUAUAAAUUCACAUAUCUUUACUUUCAUGCCUGGUGAUGAAGUCCACAAAUGCACGAGUGAGCCAUCGCAAGAAGUUGUUCCAGUCUCGGUCUCACUGUGUGGCUCAGAAUCCAGGCUCCAUGGACCUUUGUAUCACCAUUAAAGGAGUCUCGUUCCUCCUGCAGACGGGGCUGGGAGUUCUGGGUAAUGUGUCCGUGCUGAUGGCGUAUACGCAUAUCGCUUUCGUAGAGUCACACCUGCAGCCUGUGGAUAGAAUCCUGGCUCACCUGGCUUUCACCAACUUGCUGCUUCUGCUGACGCGUGGCGUCCCACAGACAAUGGUCAUCUUCGGACUGCAGAACCUUCUGGACGAUCCUGGCUGCAAAGUGGUGAUCUACGCCUACCGCAUCGGCCGUGCCCUUUCCGUCUGCCUCACCUGCAUGUUGAGCGUCUUCCAAGCACUGACCAUCACGCCAUCAGCUGGACCGCACCUGACCAAGCUAAAAUCUCAUCUCUCACAGUUGGUUUUGCCUACCUUCAUAGGCUUGUGGCUUCUCAACAUGAUUGUUUGUGCUGCGGCUCCGCUGUUCACGAUGGCACCUCGGAACGGCACCGUGCCCGCCUUUACUCUCAACCUCGGCUUCUGUCAUGUCAACUUCCAAGACAACCUGUCAUAUGUGGUGAACGGAGCGAUCCUCUCAACACGAGACUUCGCCUUUGUAGCCACCAUGCUGGCCUCCAGUGGCUACAUCCUCGUCCUCCUGUACAAUCACAGCAGGCAGGUCAGAUCCAUCCGACGCACUCAGCAAGGAACCUCCAUGGAAAUGCGUGCAGCCAAGACAGUUGUCAUGCUGGUGGUGCUCUACACCAUGUUCUUCGGCAUCGAUAACGUAAUCUGGAUCUACAUGCUGACUGUGGCCCAGGUCCCGCCUGUGGUGGCGGACAUAAGAGUGUUUUUCUCAUCGUGCUAUGCCAUGUUCAGUCCUUUCCUCAUGAUAAGCACCAAUAAGAAAAUAAAGGAGAGGAUGGUGUGUGCGGCUGGAGAACAUUUGUCUGAGGAGUCCACCAAAAAAUCAAACACUAUGUGAAAUGAGUUUUUUGUGACACUAGAUGUCAAAUAUUUUAUUAUCCAUGAUAUAUUAUUAAUUGUAAUUACUGUGCUAUGGUUGCACAAAAUAAAUCAAAAAUUAUUUGGUGCCCUUUGAA